AUGCCAAAUGCUGAUUACUAUUGCAAUUGCAUAAUAUUUGAUAAAAAUAUUUUGAUUUCUGGGGCUAUGAAUAGAAAUCUUUUAUUUUAUUCAGUUUAUCUUAACUCUUUCUCUUCUAUUCCUUAUGAGUUUGCAGAAUAUUCAAGAAAGAUCCUGAUAAAUGCAGAAAUCAGACUGUAUUUGAUUGAGUCUAAGAAUGGGUCAAUUUAUGAGAGCAAAAUUGGAAUUUACACUGAUUGGACACGUACUGCAGACUCAACGCUUGAUUUUAAUCCAUCUCAAACAUAUUGUUUAUAUAAUAAAGGAAUAAUUUAUACUUCGAGCUUAGUCUUAAAAAAAAUCAAUUAG